AUGUCGAUUCCGAACCAAGCACUUGAAAAGUUGAUCCGUGAGAUCGAGAGCCAGGCCAUCGCGGCCCAGCAGCAAAUUGGCCAGGCGCGCACGCAAAUGACAGCGAAGCAGCGGGAGAUGCGAAUGGUGCGCCUGACCUUGGAUGAGGUGGCGACUUUACCUCCCAACUCAAGCGUUUUUGAAGGUGUUGGCAAGAUGUUUGUCUCGCUACCCACUCCGCGACUGACGGAAAAACUGGAGGGUCAGAUCAAGGAGAAGGAGGGUGAAGUCGAGAAGCUGAGUCAAAAGCUGCACUACCUGGAGACGACUUUUAAGAACAGCCGGCAGCACAUUGACCAGAUGCUCAAGGCGCAGUCCUGA